AUGGGGAAAAUGGGGUCUUCAAUGACCUCUCUCUUUCUUUCUCUCUUAAUCUUAGCAGUGUCUUUUAGUUUGCCUUUUGAAAUCUCAGCUGAUCAUACUUAUUCCUCACCUCCACCUCCUCCUAAGAAGUACCCACCACCACCCUAUCAUUACAAGUCACCACCUCCUCCUCCUCCCAAGGAGACAUACAAGUACAAGUCUCCUCCUCCACCAACCCCUGUUUACAAGUAUAAAUCUCCACCACCUCCGCCGGUACAUUAUCCUCCACCACCUUACAAGUCUCCACCUCCUCCUCCCAAGGAGUCAUACAAGUAUAAGUCUCCACCUCCUCCAGUUUACAAGUACAAGUCUCCUCCUCCUCCUCCUCCCAAGGAGACAUACAAGUAUAAGUCACCACCGCCACCCCCACCAGUCUAUAAGUACAAGUCUCCUCCUCCUCCUCCUAAGGAGCCAUACAAGUACAAGUCUCCACCUCCACCUCUUCUGGUAUACAAGUACAAGUCUCCUCCUCCUCCUAAGGAGACAUAUAAGUACAAGUCACCACCACCACCGUCACCACCCCCACCCCCACCAGUCUACAAGUACAAGUCUCCUCCUCCUCCUCCUAAGGAGCCAUACAAGUACAAGUCCCCACCUCCUCCGGUUUACAAGUACAAGUCUCCUCCUCCUCCCAAGGAACCAUACAAGUACAAGUCACCACCACCACCUCACCACUACUAAGUUAUGGUUGUGAUCGUACUCUAAGGAGAAGAGUGAUUCAAAUAAAGCAACAAAAUAUGGUUUGAACAGAUAUAUAGAGAGGACGUGGAGAUGAAAAUCAGGAGCCCAGCUUAGUCUCCGCGUCUGAAGUUAAUGAUGU